CUCUCUCUCUCUGUGUAAAGAAAAGAAGAUUCCUCCUCGCUUUCUCUCUCUCGCUCUAGAUAUACAUGCCAAAGCACCGUUCUUAAUUCUUAUCCGGUCCCCAGAAACCAUCGCGAUCUCCGUCUCCAAAGCUCUCAGAUCCAACGAGUAUUUUCUACCCUAUGAAAUUCGGCAAAGAGUUUCGAACCCACCUCGAAGAGACCUUACCUGAGUGGCGAGACAAGUUCCUUUGCUACAAGCCCUUGAAAAAGCUUCUCAAGUAUUACCCUUACUCCUCCUCCGAUUUAGGAUCCGCGAUUCCCGAUCAGAUCGAUUCACGCCCGGUCUUUGCCGACACUACCAACACAUCUUCCGUCGCCGACGACGUUGUGCUUCCCGGCGUCAGGCCUACGGAAGAUCUUCAGGGUUCGUUUGUGAGGAUACUUAAUGAGGAGCUUGACAAGUUUAACGACUUUUACGUCGAUAAAGAAGAAGAUUUCGUUAUCAGAUUACAGGAGCUGAAGGAACGAAUCGAGAAAAUUAAGGAGAAGAACGAAAGCGAGUUCAGUGAAGAAAUGAUGGAUAUUCGCAGAGACCUUGUCACCAUUCAUGGCGAGAUGGUGCUCCUAAAAAACUACAGUUCCCUUAAUUUUGCAGGACUUGUCAAAAUUUUGAAGAAGUAUGAUAAAAGAACAGGUGGACUUCUACGUUUGCCUUUCACACAGCUUGUUCUUCAUCAACCUUUCUUUACAACAGAGCCACUUACAAGGUUAGUCCGUGAAUGUGAGGCGAAUCUUGAGCUUCUCUUCCCAUCAGAAGCAGAAGUUGUAGAGUCUUCUACCACAGUGUCAACCUCACAUCAAAACAACUCACCAAGAAUCUCGGCCCAGACUUCCUCAACUCUCGGCGAUGAAAAUCUUGAUAUAUAUAGGAGUACACUCGCUGCAAUGAGAGCUAUACGAGGUUUACAAAAGGCCAGCUCGACAUACAAUCCUCUAUCAUUCUCAUCGCUUCUUAAGAACGAGGAUGAUGAGACCGUAACAGCUGAAAACUCUCCAAACUCUAGCAAAGAUGAAUCAGACGAGGAAGAUACUGGACCUUCCCACUGAUCAGAAGACAAUCAUGCUCCUUCUGAUCAAGAUUUUGAAAAUUUGCUUCUUACCAUCUCCCUAACUUGUCAUAAAAUUAACACAUUUUGCGUUU